AUGGCAGACUCUUCCUCCGAACCUAAAAGACAUGUGUUGAUGAUCGAUAAUUACGAUUCCUUCACAUGGAAUCUAUACCAAUAUUUACAUCAAUCUAGUCGAUGUGGCAAAGUUGAUGUUUACAGAAAUGAUAAAAUAGACAUUGAAACCAUUGAAAACAAGAUCAAGCCCGAUAUAAUAUUCAUUUCACCAGGACCAGGACAUCCCUUAACUGAUUCUGGUAUAUCGCGUGAUGUAAUUAGACACUUCAAGGGGGAGUUACCUAUAUUCGGAGUUUGUAUGGGACAAGAAUGCAUCUUUGAUGUGUUUGGGGGUGAUGUUUCAUACGCUGGAGAAAUUGUUCAUGGUAAAACUACCACCAUCAAUCAUGAUGGAAAGGGGAUGUUUGAGGAUGUACCACAAUCAGUAGCAGUUACUAGAUACCAUUCACUUGCUGGUAGCGAAAAGACCUUACCUGAUGUUUUGGAAGUUACUGCAGUCACUGAAACAAAACCCGAGGUCAUCAUGGGAGUAAGACACAAGACGUAUACUAUUGAAGGUGUGCAAUUCCACCCUGAAUCCAUCUUGACAGAGUCAGGUCAGUUAAUGAUUGACAAUAUUUUAGGUGUACAUGGAGGAACAUGGGAGGAAAACAAGGCAUACAAGUUGAAGCAUAAACAAGUGGCCAAUAAAUCAUUUGCCAAAAAUGAAAAUAUUUUGACCACGAUAUACAGGAAAAGAAAAGAGGACUAUAAAGAGAUUGAGAAUUUACCUGGUCGUUCAUUCCACAAUUUGGAAGUUGCUUUAUCACUAGGUGUAGCUCCACCAGUGAUUAAUUUCUACGAACGCCUUAAAUACACUCAAGAAGUCCUUCGUCAAACCAUUAUAUUGUCUGAGUUUAAAAGAGCUAGUCCUUCGAAAGGGGACAUUAACAUUAAUGCACAUGCUGGAACUCAGGCUUUAACUUACGCCAUUAAUGGUUGUUCAACAAUUUCAAUCUUGACUGAACCAAACUGGUUCAAAGGCUCGCUUGAAGAUUUGUCAUUGAUUCGUAAGGUUAUCGAGGGUCCACAAACUGAAAAGGUGGCCAAUUAUAAACGACCAGCAGUGUUGAGAAAAGAAUUCAUCUUCAACAAGUAUCAAAUCUUGGAAGCUAGAUUAGCUGGAGCAGACACUGUUUUACUCAUUGUCAAGAUGUUGGAUGAUUUUGAUUUACUACAGGAGUUGUAUUCAUACUCAUUGGACUUGGGGAUGGUCCCCUUGGUUGAAGUCAAUGAUGAUAAGGAGUUGACACAAGCAUUGAAAUUGACUCACGACAAUGCUACUUCAGAACCAUUAAUUAUUGGAGUUAAUAAUCGUAACUUGACCAAUUUCAAUGUUGAUUUGGGAACUACUAGCUCUUUAGUUGAACAUGCAAAGGGUGAAAACAAUGGUAGAGAGGGCGAUGUUUUGGUUUUGGCAUUAUCUGGAAUCACUAGUGUUGAUGAUGUUAAAAAGUACAAGUAUGAGGAUAAUGUCGAUGGGUUCUUGAUUGGUGAAAGUCUAAUGAGAGCUGAAGCCAAUGGGAAAGCAGGUGAAUUUUUGCAUGAUUUGUGUACUUGCUAA